CCGGCCAGGCGGGGACCCCGCUCGCUCGCCCGCCCCGAUGGUUCCGCGCUGCCCGGCCAGGGCCGUCCCCGGCAGCCGCAGCCUGGCGUGAGCCCGCGGCUGGUGAGCGCCCGGCGGGCCCGGAGCAGGAGCGGGAUGGCCGGAGCCCGCGGCUGGCUCUAGGGGCUCGGGUCCUAUUGCACCAGCCGCUCCCUCCCCAGCAUCCUCCCAGCGGGCGGCGCCCCGGAGCCGCGGCCGCCCCUGCCCUUUGUGCGCGGGCGAGGGGCGCACGGAGCCGGGCUCCCCGGGGUGGGACCCACCGCCGCAGCCCAUCCCCCCUCCUGGGCCAUGAGCGCCCCCUUCUAGCCGCGGAGCCGCGCGGGUCCCCCCCGGCCAGCCCCCGCGCCCGGCGCCCGGGGAAGAUGUCUUCGCGCACCGCCCUGGCGUCUGGCAACGAGCGGAACUCGGACGCGCACUCCACCCUGGCCAGCAGCCGCUCGGAGAAGGGCUCAUCGUGGUCCAGCCGGUCGCUGGGUGCGCGCUGCCGGAACUCCAUCGCCUCCUGCACCGACGAGCAGCCCCACAUCGGCAACUACCGACUCCUCAAAACCAUUGGCAAGGGCAACUUCGCCAAGGUCAAGCUGGCCCGGCACAUCCUGACAGGCAGAGAGGUUGCAAUAAAAAUCAUUGACAAGACGCAGCUGAACCCCACGAGCCUCCAGAAGCUCUUCCGGGAAGUGCGGAUCAUGAAGGGACUGAACCACCCCAACAUCGUGAAGUUGUUUGAGGUGAUAGAGACGGAGAAAACACUCUACCUGGUGAUGGAGUAUGCCAGCGCUGGCGAAGUCUUCGACUACCUCGUGUCACACGGACGGAUGAAGGAGAAGGAAGCCCGGGCAAAAUUCAGACAGAUCGUCUCGGCCGUGCACUAUUGUCACCAGAAGAACAUCGUGCACCGAGACCUGAAGGUGAGUCACCCCACCCGGGUUCUGCCCCUCCCCCCGCCCUGGGCACUGCCCGAGCAUCCCCCCGGCCCCCCUUGUACUUCCCCUCCCCCCGCCCUGGGCACUGCCCGAGCAUCCCCCCGGCCCCCCGUCUCCAUCACCAACCGGGUACCCCCCGCGUCGCCCUCCACCCACAGCAUCGCCACGUCCUCCUCGUCCUCGGACCGCACCCGCCUUUCGCGUGGCACCACCAUCCGCAGCACCUUCCACGGGGGUCAGGUGCGGGAUCGGCGCGGGACCGUGCAGAACGGGCCGCCCACCUCCCCCACGCUGUCCCACGAGGCCACGCCGCUGCCCCAGAGCCGCAGCCGCGCCACCUCCAACCUCUUCAGCAAACUCACCUCCAAGCUGACGCGGAGGGUCGCAGACGAACCUGAGAGAAUCGGGGGACCUGCGCUCACAAGUUGCAAUUUACCUUGGAAUCAAAAGGAAGCAGAACCCCGGCUGCUCCGAUGUACCUGGAAUGUGAAGGUGACCAGCACCCACCCCCCCGAGGCCAUGAUGGCUGCCCUGCGCCAGGCCACGGACUCGGCCAGCUGCCGCUGCCGCCAGCUGGAGCCCUUCCUCCUGUCCUGCACGCACGCCAAGAGCGCCAGCGAGCACUUCUGCCACUUCGAGGCGGAGGUGUGCCGGCUGCAGCGCCUUGGCCUCACCGGCGUGCUCUUCCGGCGCCUGGCUGGCACCUCGCUGGCCUUCCGCACCGUGGUGACGAGCAUUGCCAGCCAGCUGCAGCUCUAGAACCCUGGAUGUCUCCCCACGCCCAGCGGCCUGCUCGUCUUCACUGGGGGUGGGGGGUCCCCCCAGGCUCCCUGGCCUGGAGCCAGUGCAGCCCUGGGAUGGAUCGGCCUGUAGGGGAAAUGCUCCUGACCCCUCUGGCCUGUGAACCUGGCCUCUCCCCUGCUGGGCCUAGGCCUGGGGCCUGCCCUGCUGCUCAGAGGGAGAGCACGGGCACCAGGCACUGUUCCCCUCGGGGGCGAGGGGCUGGGCCUGGCUCUGCUGGGCUGGGGCCAGGCCUGGGACUGCCCCCCACACAGUGGGGCAUGCCCAGCCUAGCGCAGGAGGGGGCUCCCCAGGCCAAUUGUGGGGUGUCACUGAGCCACUGGCCCCAGUGUAGGGGGGGCAUUCCCAACCUUGGCAGGUGGUGGGGUGAUAACAUUGGCAGGGCAGGGCCCUCUGGGAGAGGCAGGGUGGGACUCUCUGGGCUGGGGGGGCUCAGG